AUGACCACCACAUCUUCCCUUCCCUUGACCGAGAGCCUCGCACCAUCCUCCUCACAUUCAAUCCUCACCGUCACAAUCACCCGAGAUGAUAUCGCCGCGUCUUCCACAGUCUCGACCGAGGCGGCCCUCAUCACGGACUCUCCAAACACCGUCAGCAGUGACCUGACCCUGGUCUACGUCUUCACAAAAUCCGCCACGGACGAAUCCUCCUCAUCCGGGUCGUCGUCGGGCAGCAGGCCCUCCGGCCUCUCACCGGGGAUAAUAGCCGGCAUAGUGAUCGGCGCCAUCAUAUUACUUAUCCUCCUCGUCCUCCUCGUCUUCUGCACCUCCAGGCGCUUCGCUAGGAAGAAGCGCCAGGAGGUGGCCAGCCUACACCCCUCGACACACCACCGCACGAGCCGGGUCGCACCCAGCAACAGCAGCUACCACGCGGGCAGGUCGUUGCGCUCGCCACACACCGUGUCCUCGCCGAAGUCCCCGCCGCAGGAGCUCGCCACGCAUUUCAACCGGCUCGAGUUUGACGGCAGGGGGAAGCCCGCCGAGGUGGUGGGCAGCUACAUCCACCCGGCGGAGCUGCACGCCGGGAGCACGACGGACCUGGUGGCGCAGUUGUGGAGGGGGGCCAGCCCACCGCCACCCAGGAAGGACGAGGUCAGCGUGGUAUAUGUCAGGCCCAAACGACGGGGGGACGACAUCACCUUGGACGAGAACAGUGCAGUCUGCUUGAGCCCUCCCGGAACAUGGGAGACUGAAUCGUGGGGGGCGAGCGUGUCUGAUCGUUCAAAUAUAGCUCUGGGGCCGGGAUCACGCGCGACGGUUUCCAACACCUCAUCGAGGGAUACGUUACGGCACAGCACCCAUACAAAAGAAUAG